GGUAGACAUAGUGAGGGGUACAUAUUAGGGGAGUGUGCAGCUCCUGGGUUGGACACUUGUGGGAAACAAAGAUCCUAUUAUUUCUGUUGUUCUCCAAUCAAACUCACUGUAACCAACAGGCCCUCAACAUGCCGACUGAAGCCCAGUCUGAUGCCCGCUCCUUCCUGAGUGAAGAGAUGAUUACUGAGUUUAAGGCUGCCUUUGAUAUGUUUGAUACCGAUGGUGGCGGAGACAUCAGCACCAAGGAGUUGGGUACCGUGAUGAGGAUGUUGGGUCAGAAUCCAAGCAGAGAGGAGUUGGAUGCCAUUAUUGAAGAGGUUGAUGAAGAUGGCAGCGGCACCAUUGACUUUGAGGAGUUCUUGGUGAUGAUGGUGCAACAGAUGAAAGAAGAUCAGGCAGGCAAGAGCGAGGAAGAGCUAUCUGAAUGCUUCCGUAUCUUUGACAAGAAUGGAGAUGGUUUUAUUGACCGUGAGGAGUUUGCUGACAUCCUACAUUCCACUGGAGAGCCAAUAACAGAGGAGGAAAUAGAAGAGCUCAUGGCAGACGGAGACACAAAUAAAGAUGGCAAAAUUGACUUUGAUGAAUUUUUGAAAAUGAUGGAGAACAUUCAGUAAAGAUGCCACAUUCCACCCAUUCAUCUUUGGCCUCCAUCCUAAUUCAGCAAACUUCAUGAAACAAUCUGGAAUCAAUUUAAACUCAUGAAAAAGUCACGGAAGAAAGUUUGUCUCAUGGACAAUGUAGAAGGGAUGGGAAGACACACAUCCUUCUGGAUCUUUCUCUGUUUUGACAGUGGAAUGGAUAUAAAUAACUUUCACACCCAUUCAAAUCCCCACCCCACCCCACUGGUAUGAUGCUCCAGCUUCUUCAUGACAUAUGAUCUACCACCACUUGAAAACAUCACCCUCCUUUUGCCCUAUUUGCCCACCCUGUAGUGUUUCUAAAUAAACCAGACUCAGUCUGCCUUUAUGUCUUGUUGUCAUCGUAAA